AUGAUUAUACAUCCAUGUGUUAACAUUCUCACAUUAUUAUACAUUCAUGUGUUUACAUUCUCACAUUAUUAUACAUUCAUGUGUUUACAUUCUCACAUGAUUAUACGUCCAUAUGUUUACAUUCUCACAUUAUUAUACUUUCAUGUGUUUAAUUAUACAUUUAUGUGUUUACAUUCUUGCAUGAUUAUACAUCCAUGUAUUAACAUUCUCACAUUAUUAUACAUUCAUGUGUUUACAUUCUCACAUGAUUAUACAUCCAUGUGUUUACAUUCUCACAUUAUUAUACAUUCAUGUGUUUAG